AUGGCGAAGAACGUGGACAGGCCGCUCUUCACCGCGACGUUUAACGUCCAGAGCAGCUCUGCCGACUACGUCACCUUCAUCACUGGCCUCCGCAACAAGCUCAGCAACCCCGACCACUUCUUCCACAACCGCCCCGUGCUGCCGCCGAUCGAGCCCAAGUUUCGCCCCGGGCCCCCGAAAUCUCAGGACCGGCCCUGCACCUAUGUCGGGUUCGGCGGCACCUACCGCGACCUCCUCGGUGACACCGACAAGCUGACCAACGUCGCUCUCGGCCGGCAGCAGAUGGCCGACGCAGUGACCGCGCUCCACGGGCGCACCAAGGCUGACAAGACCUCCGGCCCGAAGCAGCAGCAUGCGAGGGAGGCGGUGACGACGCUGCUCCUCAUGGUACACGAGGCCACGCGGCUCCAGACCGUGUCGGGGUUCAUGGCCAGCCUGCUGCACCCCAAGGCGGUAGAGAAGAAGAGCGGGAAGAUCUCCAAUGAGCUAAAGGCCCAGGUGAACGGGUGGCAGGACCUGUCCGAAGCGCUGCUGAAGACGGACGCGAAGCCCCUGCCGGGGAAGUCGCCAGCGAAGUUCACGCCGAUCGAGAAGAUGGGCGUGAGGACGGCGGAGCAGGCGGCCGCCACGUUGGGGAUCCUGCUGUUCGUCCAGGUGCCGGGUGGGAUGACGGCGGCCCGGGCGUUGAAGCUGUUUCAUGCGAGUGGGGGGAAAUAG